GCUGGUGGUCAACCAUUCAACUAAAUCGUCAUCUGAAUUGCAAAGCUAUGUGCUUAAUUUUUUUGUAUUGAAGGAGAAGAUUGGAGGCUGAUAUCAAAAUCAUAUUUUCUAGUAUCAUGAAGCAAGUCUAAACUUUUGCCCGGGGAUUGACUCUAGACAAACGGCAAAUCAUCCACCUUGUAGUGGCCAACUGAAUAAGUUUUUAUCGUUUUCGAUUAAUCCAUCUUCUAUUCCUUACCUAGCCGUGGGCUCUAUAAGUAAUGAUUGGCAGAUGCAUCAGACACUUAUGAACGGAUCAAAAAUUCUCGUGGUCAUGCUACUAGCAACAGUAACGCUGCUGUCAUAUACAGAAAGACAUCUUGUUGAAGCUAGUACUUCAGCUAUAAGUCCAUCUCCUACAGUAACGGUAUCUAGUGUGGGUGUGACUGUAGGAUCAAACCAAACCUUUGUCCCAACAUCCUCGGCAGCUGUACAAACAACUGCUCCAAAAAGUGAUGAUGAUGAUGAUGCCAAAAAGGAAAAAGAAAAGAAAAAAAUCUCCAUGAUUGCAGGUGGCUGUGCUGGAAGCUUCGUUGUCAUUGUUGGAAUUCUGGUGGUCGUUUAUUUUCAUCGUAAAGAAAAUCAAGACUAGAUCUAGAUAACAAGAGCACAUCCCCCAUCCUUAGCACCAAAGAGUCAGAGAAAUAACAUUAGAGCGCACU